UGGUGGGUCCGGCGGGACCGGGAGCGCGGGCGGUGGAGGACCCUCGGCCUCUACGCUAUCCACGGCCGCGCUCAGCCUCGAGCACCAACAGUUCAACAUCUUCCCGGCCAUCUUCAGCAGGCAGCUGAACUUCUCAGCAGCGGCCGCGGCAAAUUGCGGUCAAAACAAGCUCAUGGACGAGCUCAGGCCGAACCUUGGCCUACUGGGCGUCAACCUAAUGGAGAACGAGGCCUUUCACCUCAAUCAUAAUCAUAACCAGGAGAAACGCAAAUGUAGCAGCGCGAGCUCUAAUGAGCAGGACUUUGGAAUUUAUGGGGUACACCAGGCCUUAGAGGCCAGUCCUCCGACACCGACAGCCACUCCGGGAAGGAACAGCGUCGGGGCUACAUCAGCUGUCGGGGCGGAAGGUGCUUUUAAAAAAUUAAAACCAGAACCAUGUGCUUCGAGCCCACACAUUGGCCACACGCCAACAACCGCAAGCUGCCCGACGCCCGCGCGACGUCGACAUAGGACGACUUUUACGCAGGAACAACUUGCCGAGCUGGAAUCGGCAUUUGCUAAAUCACACUACCCCGACAUUUAUUGUAGAGAGGAAUUGGCGAGAAGUACGAAACUGAACGAAGCAAGAAUUCAGGUCUGGUUUCAAAAUAGAAGGGCUAAAUAUCGAAAACAGGAAAAACAAUUGCAAAAAGCACUUGCACCGAUUCCAGCUUGUCAAGGUGCAAUGAUGAGAAAUAUUUAUCCUGGUGCUAGUAGAGGCUACCAACCAUAUCCACACCCGCACAAUAGCAUAAAUGGAAUAAAUCGUUAUCCACAGAUGGGAACAACGUCUUAUCCAAGUAUGACUCAACCAUUUUCUAUGUCGCAUUCUGCAUCAAAUAUGUCGGCUGUCGCUGGUAUGCGACAAGAUGCCAUGGGAAUGUCAGCCGAGGACGAAUGGUACAAUAAAAGUAUUUCUGCAUUGAGGAUGAAUACUGCCCAUCAUCCAAAUCUCGCAGCACCAAUGCUCCAAUACCAAACAUAAUUUUAGGCCCCUGAAGCCGAAAUCUCUGCUUCAUGGAUGAUCGCGAUAUGCAGCGAGAAACGCCGAUAGCGUUCAAUUUUCGGUAUUUAAUUACCGAAUCCCAGCUGACGAGUAAAUCAACUUACUUCUAGACUUUGCUGCACUGAUCGAUCGGCGAUUUCAACAAGAAAAUGACAAUUUAUUGUUCCAUCAUGCAUAGAAGUCAAAUGAUGAACAGAAGAUAAUGCAAAGAGAUAAGAA